ACAGUACUCACAAACCCUAGAAGCACGCAUCACUCCUCCUGUCCACCACCACGCUCGUCCACCACUACCACCAGCUGGCAGCCAUGGCGGCGAGCACGAAGAAGCUCCGUCCGCUCCUGCUCACCCUCCUCCUGCUCCUCACCGCCGCCGUCGCGGCGCCCGCCAUCGACUGCGACUGCGACAAGCCCAAGGCCCCCAAGCCCUCCCACCCGCCCAAGACCAAGCCCCCCACCAAGGACCCCAAGCCGGGACCCAAGGGCCCCACCUACCCGUCGCCGGCGCCCAAGGGCCACCUCCCGCGCCCGCCGGUCGUCGGCCCGCCGAAGGGCCACGUCCCUCGCCCGCCGGUCGUCGGCCCGCCGAAGGGCCACGUGCCCCGGCCGCCGGUCUACGGUCCGCCCAAGGGCCCCAUCACGCGCCCGCCGGUCACCAAGCCACCUGUCGUCGUCGGCCCUCCGGUGACCCACCCCACGCCGCCGGUGAGCGCGCCUCCGGUCACAUACCCAGCGCCACCGGUGACCACCCCUCCGGUCACCUACCCUGCGCCACCGGUGACCGCCCCUCCGGUCACUUACCCUUCACCUCCAGUCACCGCUCCCCCGGUCACGUACCCGACGCCGCCAGUGAACACGCCAUGCCCUCCGCCACCACCGGCGACGCCCGCGGCGCAAACGUGCCCGGUGGACUCGCUGAAGAUCGGCGCGUGCGUGGACCUGCUGGGCGGGCUGGUGCACGUGGGGCUCGGCGACCCGGUGGUGAACAAGUGCUGCCCGCUGCUGGAGGGGCUUGUGGAGCUGGAGGCGGCGGUCUGCCUGUGCACCACCAUCCGGCUCAAGCUGCUCAACAUCAACCUCGUCCUGCCCCUCGCCCUCCAGCUCCUCCUCACCUGCGGCAAGACGCCUCCCACCGGCUACACCUGCUCCAUCUAGUCUUUUUUUUUUUUUUUUGAGAAAACCUGCUCCAUCUAGUCGAGCUAAGCUCGGUGAGUCAGUGCACGUGGAGAUGGUGGAUCAUGGAUGGAUCGACAUGAGAGGAUGUCGAACGUGGUCGUAGUACGUAGCGAGCAAGAAGAAGAGAUUGAUCGAUCAGCUAUGAAGGGAUCGAUGAGUGCGUGUUUGCUUUUCUUCAUUUCUUGUGGUUUCCUUUAUCUGUUUGGUUAGGUCUGCGUGCUCUGGUUUGAUCGGUGCAAGAGGUGAUAAUCGGUGUGUGUACUGAUUACUUAAUUGUGUGGUCACAGCCAGUCCUGGUCACAGCUGAUGGCCAAUUGGUUAAGCUUGCAAACACCAGUAGUAACAUUCCAUGGCAUGAAUAAUUCACAGAGCUGUUCAAUCCA